AUGAUGUACGGAGGUACCAGUUAUGAUAAAGCUGCUGGUCGCACUCAUUCUACCACUUAUUCAUUUGAUCCACCGAUUGUAGAAAUAGGAUUACCAAAUAAUAAUCAUUUUAAUCAUUUGAGAAAUUUAUUAAAUAUUGUUAAUUAUUAUGUCCCUGCUCUAUUGAGCUUUGGUGAUCAUCCACCUCUUCUUGUUAAUAUAACAAAACAAGGGGUUGUUAGUGUUACUUAUGAUUUGCCGAUUAAUACUUCAGUUCCAUCAGUCGUAUUUUUAAUUAAUAACAAUGGCAAAUUAGAUCAAACAGUUCUACGAUAUCUGCGUGGAGUGCUCUGA